AUGUGUACUCCAACUGGUCGUGGCACUUUGCUCUCUCUCAGUGGCUCAGUUCCAAAUUCAUGGACUCAAUAUCAAUUCAAUUACACGGCGACAACUACAUCAGCGAUUAUAAUGUUUGGAUUUCAAAAUGAAAACAAUCGUCAAUACUAUCUAGAUACAGUAUCCGUUGUUGAUAAUAAUGCGAUCACAGUUCAAUUGCUGAAGAAUCCAGGCUUUGAAAAUUCAACUACAACAGCCACAGGCUGGGUUCAAUGGUGUACGAACAUGUGUAGUGGUCAUUCCGGAGUGAUAAACUCUGGUACAGGGUGCUAUUUAUCAACAACGGGUAACUGCUUUAUGGACAACUGCUACGCUAGUACGGGUAUUGACUUUCUUGGUCAAUCAUUUCCAACGACUAUUGGAUAUACUUACAAAAUUUCAUUUUGGUUGAUAUUAGGUGGCUCAGGUACCACCACUGCUAAUCGAUUUUACGCUGAUAUUGUCUGA